CACCUCGUAAUCAUUCCAAUAUCCAAUUUGGCUCUCUCUCAACAUUGACCGACGCGCACUUCGGCCGUUGCAUCACGUUAGGGUUUCCUUCCUUCCCCUCUCCUCCGUCGCCGUCACUCUCCUCCUCUGAAACUUCCACUCCUUUUACACACACCAGAAAGAUAAAGUCAGAGAGAGAGAUUAAGAGAAUAUCCCCAUGUAUUGCCAUUGUCUCUGCCUCUCUCUCUCAUCACUCAGCGCGACUCAAGGCGUAAUCUUCUAACCUUUGCCCCCUCUCUCCUUUCUCUCUCUUAUUUCUCAUUCAAUUCCCUCUCUCUCUCUCUUCCUAAAUCCCUAGAUAGAGAAAGUGAGAUUCUCGGGGUAUUGGAUUUGAUUUUGAUCUGGGUUUUGGUGGUUGACGAAACCAGAACAAAGGGUAUGCUUUCUACUUGGUUAAUUUAAUUCUAGGGUUUUGGGUUUAGUUUGAUUGUUCCUGUUUGAGCAUCGAAUCGAUUUGGAAUUUCUAGGUAUUGUUUUGAAUCCCUAGAUUGAUCUAAAUUGUUGUGAAUUUUUUAUAAAAGCGGGUUAAAGGUUGAAGCUUUGUUGGAAAUAAUGGAUGAUAGGAAUAGGAACAAUAAUAAUGAACACUUGGGUGUGAACAAGAUGGGGAAAAACAUAAGGAAGAGCCCUUUGCACCAACCCAAUUUUGCUAAUCCAACUAGGCAACAACCUCAACCUCAGGUCUAUAGUAUUAACAAGAAUGAUUUUCGAAACAUUGUUCAGCAGCUAACCGGUUCACCUUCACAAGAAUCAUUGCCUAGACCUCCCCACAAUCCCCCUAAAUCGCCAAGUAUGCGGUUGCAGAGGAUCCGUCCUCCUCCAUUAACACCCAUGAACCGACCCCAAAUCCCGGUUCAUCAUCAACCUCCUCCACCCCAGCAUCCACCUAUGCCAACAGCCCAAAUUCCUUAUAGUAAUGCUAAUGCCUUUGUUAGGCCACCCGCUCAGUUUGGUCAACAAUCCCCCACAAUGUUUCCGUUAACCCCUAGUGAUUUGGUCUGGCCUAAUACUGCUGAGUCUCCUAUCUCAGCUUAUAUGCGGUACCUUCAAAACUCGAUUAUAGAUUCAGGACCUAGACAAACCCAAGCUCAACAUCAAGCUUAUCCUCAUCCUCACCCUCACCCUCACCCUCAAUUUCAGCCGCAGCCUGGUCAAAUUCAAGACCAACCACGAUCCUCUGCUUUACUUCCUAACCCACCUGUGCCUCCUUUCCCCUCUCCACGUAUGGGUGGUCCUCCUUUACCUUCUCCAACUUCGCAGUUCCCUGUGCCAUCACCGAGUGGUUUCUUGAAUUUGUUGUCUCCGCGGUCACCUUAUCCCUUGCUUUCUCCUGGGUAUCAGUUUCCUCCACCACUGACACCGAAUUUUGCAUUUUCUCCUAUGUCUCAGCAGGGGAUUUUAGGUCCCGGGCCUCAACCUCCACUUUCUCCGGGCAUUGGUUUUCCGUUAUCUCCUUCCGGCUUUUUCCCUAUAUCAAGUCCAAGAUGGAGGGAUCAGUAGUCCUUGCCAGCAGUAUACUAUUUGUGGUUUCCAUGCUUGAUCUGCAGUGAGGACAUUCUUUGUGGUGAAUAACCUCCUUCGUAUGGAAGCUUCACUUGUGAAAAUCUUGAAUUAUGUAGUUUUUUUUUUUUUUUUGGGAUCCCCCCCUUGUUUUCUUUUUGUUAAUACCGACAUCAAGGCUUGUCUUGAGAUGUUGAUUAUGUAACAGCUGCAAUCUGUCCGUUUCCUUGGUCAAGUUUAACUUUAGGUGAUUUAAUGAAGCUUGGAGAACUGUUCCUAGCACAUCAACAAUGCUGUAACAUGUAAGAAGGUAGGAUAAUACACUGAAACUAAUGUUGUAAUCAAUUUGUAUUUAGUUUGAGUUCAAAUCAUUCUUCAGUUUGACAGUCCUUGUAAACAAUCUCAAUGUUAUGAGUUUAUGCUUAUUGUAUCUUGUUAUGCCUU